UAUCCUUGAAUCCACUUCUUACGGACAAAGCUGCUCAUGGUUUCUGAAGGUCCCUUUCUCUUUCCAGAAGCCAGCAGGUUCUCAGCGGUCCAUUUUCUGUUUGUUUCAGCUGCUGUAAGGAACCACACAGGAACCAUCACCUUUGAUCAGAACCAAGUGGGCUUUUCCACAUUGGCCUCCAAGGAGGGCGUGAAGGUUCAGACCCCCGACCAGAGCCACGCUCCUUCAGAUGCUCCAGAAAACUCCACUCCGCACGCCGAAACAGCGGGGGCCGGAGGAACAAACCGCGCCCCGAGGAGAACGAAGGCCGCCACUUCCCCUGCUGGGCCCCAGCGAGCAACAGCUCUGCCUUCCCCGAGCAGCACCUCAGCCCUGGGAAGGCUUUCCCUGCCAGCCAGCAGUCCAGGGUCUAAAGGAGGAAGUGCCCCUUCUCACCCAGAGAGCAGAACCUCUUGGGGUUCCCUGGCGAGGGAGAAGGGGCUCCCCAAAGAAGUGACCGUGCAGACCCAAGUGGCCACUUCAGUUCUGAGCCAGGCCUCUCGUCCUGCCGUGGAGACGGGAGAAGAGGCCUCACUCCCCAGGAAGGGGAAUUCCUCGGAGCCAGAGCUCUCCUGGCUGCUUUCCUCCAGGACCUGGGCUUCCUCCCCGCCCUCGGGUCUCUCUGCAGCUUCUGGAAGUAUGGAUGAGCUAAACCACUCCACUGCGCCUCAAAGCCCCUGGGUCAGCUGGGCAAAGAGUGUGCAGGUUGCCACCACCUUCCCCAGUGGUGUCCCCAGGGGGACCCCGUCUUUAGCUGUCAGCGCGGGACAGCUGAGCGACACAGAAAGUCUCUCUGAGGACGCGGAAGCCACCCCAACGUCAGCAUCAGCUCAUUCCUCACCGGCCGUGGCAGAACUGAGGAGAAACGCCGGAAUGACCGGGAGGCUGGGGGACGGCACAUUCAGUGAGGCCUCCACGGAAAAUGGAUUUGGUCUCACAUCUUCUGAGGUCUCAGCGGGAUUGUGGCAAAAUGAUUCCCCAGUCUCAGAAGGACCCCCGCAGGCCAGCGGCUCUGAUGAGAGGAGCGGGAGCCCCUUGUCUCACACGGAGUCUGUGUCUGGGCCAGUCCCGUUGGGCGGAGCCGAAGAGAGCACUGCGCACUGGAUGUUGACCAACGGCAAGGCAUUUGAAGAUGUGACAGGAAGCUCCACUUCCUACCCUGGAGUGGUGAACUCUUCCGUUUUGACCCAGUUCUCAGCCUCUGCCCCACAGCCUGGAGGAAGUGACGGCGCGCUGGGGGCAGGGAGCGACGCCGAGCUGGCCACCGAGUCUUCGUCUUCCUCCUCCUCAGAGAGCCUGGAGUCCUCGGCUCCACGCGGCGAACGCUCGACCACGGAAGAUAGUCCCGAGCUGGGAGUCGGUGCCGACACACAGGAGGGGUCCGAGGGAACCCCCGGAGCCCGCGCCCACAGCCCCCACACGUCAGCCACUUUCACUGGCAACGGGGAGCGCACGCUGCGAUCCGUCACCAACCGGACCUCCUCCGGGGACGCGGGGCGCUCCCAGACGGCACCCCGGGAGGCAGAGAGCGCCACUCCGCACGGGAACGUGACCGCGGCUGUCACUGGGAUUAUCUACCAUCCGGCGAUUGGCACGGACCCCGAGCAGGGGCCCUCCAGCCACCACCCCGACCACACCUACGUCUCCUCCACCUUCACCAAAGGGGAGCGCGCUCUGCUGUCCAUCACCGACAACAGCUCCUCCCCGGACGCCGGGGAGAGGUCCACCGCUUCUGCCAAGAUCUCAAACUCUUCAGAAGCCCCUUCCCCUCCUCAGGGGCAGACGGAAAGAAGGAACGCCUCAUCCUUAUCCUUCCGAGGGGGCGGGGCGGGUGCUCCCCCUGCCACCGAGUCCCUGGGUCUGCACACAGCCCACCCCCCGCCCUACACGCCCGCCACGAACACAUCGGGUGCCUGGGACCUUCCGGGCACGCGCACCGGACGGGACAGCGACUCGCCGCCUUCAUCGGGGCCGCCUCUGCCCCCGCCCUCAGUGUCACAGCCCCACCGGUCCUCCUCCUCCUUCUCCUCCUCCACCUCAUCCUCCUCCAGGGCCUCCGCCCACCCGCCAGAGGCCACCCCCGAUGCGCCCACACCUCUGCCCUCCUCGCCGCCCCCUUCGCCCGCAUCCCUGACGGUCCCGGCCCCCGUCUCAGUGUCCGUGUCCCAGGCAACCCUCUCGCCGUCCUCUCUCACGCUGGCCCUGCCCAGGGCCAGGGACACGCCCGUGACCGCAGUUCGGCCGGCGACCGUGGCAUCGUCCGUGGCCGUGCUCUCCCACAGCCAAACGGCAGAUCCUGAGAAUCAGAGCAACCCCCACCACGCGCACGCGGCCGCGGCGUCCGCGCCCCCGCGCUGGGAGUCUCCGCCCACAGAGGCCGCCGGAGCGGACACGGCGAGCUCCGCCUCGGGGGCCCCGGGGGUCCCCGCUUUACCGGCGUCCUCCACGGAGCCCACCCUUCCGGCCGCGAGCACCAGCGUGGCCCGGACGCCUCCGGCGUGGACAGCCACCGCGCCCACGGCGCCCCCUCCCCUCGUGCCCACCCCGGACCCCUCGUCAAGCACGGCCACCCCGGUGGCCGGCCCCACCGCAGGGCGGACCGCGGCUGGGGAGCCGCCCCUGCCGACCAGCCCGGACACCCCAGCGCCGCGGGUCCCCACGGAAGCCGUCGUCACCACUCAGAGGAGCCGAGUGCCUGUCGUUGGCACCACCCCAGGGAGCGCCCUGACCAGCGCGCCCGCAUCAGCGACGGUGCUGACCGCGGGCGGCCCGGCCUCCCCCGUCCUCAGGACGUCCCCCGCUCCCCGGAGCACCCACGCCGCUCCGGCUGAUAUGUCCUCUCCCCGGGGCGCCACCUCCCGUGCUCAGAGCGGCACGCCGGCCCCCACAGCACCGUCGUCUCCAGCCUCAGCGAACGGCUGCGCCCCCAACCCCUGCCGCCACGGUGGGAAAUGCGUCGUGGACCCCGCCCUCCGCGGGCAUCGAUGCGUGUGCUCGGCCUCCUGGCAAGGCGAGGACUGCAGUGUGGAUGUGAAUGAGUGCCUCUCCAACCCCUGCCCACCGCUGGCUGCGUGCAACAACACUCAGGGAUCCUUCACCUGCCGAUGCCCCAUUGGGUACCAGUUGGAGAAAGGAAUAUGCAAUUUGGUUAGAACCUUCGUGACAGAGUUCAAAUUAAAGAAAACGUUUCCCAAUUCCACCGUGGAAAGACAUUCGGACCUGCGUGAAGUUGAAAACGAGGUCACCAGCACGCUGAAUAUGUGUUUUUCGGUGUUCCCUGGUUAUACCCGGUCCACAGUUCGUGCUUCAGGGGAGUCCGGCGCCGUGGCCCUGUCGCUGCAGACCACCUUCUCCCUGGCCUCCAAUGUGACGCUGUUCGACCUGGCCGACGGGACGCAGAGGUGUGCCAACUCCUGCAGGUCCUCCGCCGAGGUCUGCCAGCUCCUGGGAUCGCAGAGGCGCAUCUUUAGAGCCGGCAGCCUGUGCAAGCGGAAGACCCCGGAGUGCGACAAGGAGACCUCCGUCUGCACGGACCUGGACGGGGUGGCGCUGUGCCAGUGCAAGGCGGGCUACUUCCAGUUCAACAAGAUGGACCACUCCUGCCGAGCAUGUGAAGACGGAUAUAGGCUUGAAAAUGAAACCUGUAUGAGUUGCCCGUUUGGCCUUGGUGGUCUCAACUGUGGAAACCCCUACCAGCUUAUCACCGUGGUGAUUGCAGCAGCAGGAGGCGGGCUUCUGCUGAUCCUGGGCAUUGCACUGAUUGUCACCUGCUGCCGAAAGAAUAAAAAUGACAUAAGCAAACUCAUCUUCAAAAGUGGAGAUUUCCAAAUGUCCCCCUACGCCGAGUACCCCAAGAACCCUCGGUCACAAGAAUGGGGCCGAGAAGCUAUUGAGAUGCAUGAGAACGGAAGCACCAAAAACCUCCUCCAGAUGACGGACGUGUAUUACUCGCCCACCAGCGUAAGGAAUCCUGAACUUGAACGGAACGGACUCUACCCGGCCUACACUGGAUUGCCGGGAUCUCGGCAUUCUUGCAUUUUCCCGGGACAGUACAACCCGUCUUUCAUCAGUGAUGAGAGCAGGAGAAGAGACUACUUUUAAGGGAGAAGAGAGGAGCCCAUUGCUCUGAGCUUGUGGCUGGAACUGCUGCUGCUCAGAGGGACUGCACGGGGCCCGCCUGAGCUGCUCCCGGGGCCGUGGGGCCGCGCUGGAGGGGCAGGCAGGGCGUGGGACAGUGUGAGGGCGUGGCCACAGUGAAGGGCACCGAGGAGCCGCAGGCCGCUCGCUUGUUGUUACUGUGAAUGUGCACACGGCCAGUACCAGGAGGUCUCGGCGCGGCCGCGGCUCCACUGGCUGCAGGAAGGACGCCGGCUGGGGCAGCCCAUUGGGCACCACUGCAAGCACCAGGGUCUCCUUAGUUUGCACUUUAGUCAGUUGAGUAGGCAGGUCUCCUUUGGGCUCCCCCCCCCCCCCCCAAGACUCCCAGAAAGAAGGCCUCGUUCCCCCAGAUGCUUCCAAGGGCCUCAAUUGGGUGACUAAUUUAUAGCAGAAAUACUGGCUGGUUAGUUGUUUCCCUGCCCAGCACCGUGUGCGAAACAACGGGUGAUGGUGAUGAUCAUACCACUAAGGUCUGGAGAUGCUGUAGGUUCGUGUACAGUAUUUUCAUGUUUCCAGGUGUUCCCGUGCUACAGUCUCCAAGCCAACCCCCAGAAUGAGAAAUAGAAAGGUGUGCGACUCCAGUUUGUUUUUUUUUAGUCAAGGUGACACCUGGAGUUAAGGUUGCUUCUUCCCUUUGCAGCCAAAGCCCACUUUUUUCAAAUAAGCGGGACCAGGGCAAAAUGACUUCCAUUUGGUUGUAGUUGGAGGCACCCAGCUGACCUGCAGGGAGGCCCAGCAAGCCACACCCGUGCCCUGGGCGGAUCGAGGCCCAAGGAAGCGCUGGAGACAGGCGGCAGGAUGCUUCUCGUCCCUGCGGACACAGCGUGCUGCCCGGGUGUCUGACCUUCAUCUCCGAGGCCGAGGCCGCUCCGGUGGAGUGGAAACGCUAAGCGGAACGCAGGUCGGGUGUGAGCUGCCGUUUCACCACCGAAGGAAAAGCAGCGCGCAUAGUCUCCACAGCGGACCGUGGUUAGAGGGAUGAGCUGAACUGGCAAGUUCAUUGCCGGAAACGCCGGUGCCGUGGGGAGCCGGGCAGAUUCCCACGGAAGGAUAGCGAGCUGGGCUGGAGCCAUGUGGCAGUCUGCCCACUUCCGAUGCUGCACCUCUCCCUGCUUCCCUGAUCUCACCCUCAAACUCGGCAUGAACUCUCAGCCCACUGCUCAGAACUAUUUAUUCACCGGGGAAGUAACUUAUUUUCUCUCAUCCAGUGAUUUGCACCUCUUUGUACCACUAUACAGCUUCCUCCGGAAACAUGGUCCCCAUGCAGGUCAGCAUGGGAGAACCAGAGACUUUGGGACCGGCGGGAAGGGAGCGCCAAGUGUCUUACUUAUCGUGCCUGUGGCGGGGGGCCUGCGAGGGGCGUGUGCAGCGCCGUUUGCAGCUGCUGCUUGUGGGGCUGUGGUGGUUCCGCUUUGACAGGUCCUAGUUCCGGAUGAAGUGGAGAAGACAGUGGUAAAGAACUGGCCCCGCCCUGGGGCUCCGAGCUCCGUGGAACCCACAGUGGGGACACCUCUGUCCUGGGGGCCGUUGCUUUAAGGUCCUCUACCCUCUUCGGCAUGUUUCUAACCCGCACCCUUCUGUAGUCCUCAGCCUAACUGGUUUAAGUGGGAACUCCUGUGCCCCGUGGUCUCCACGAGUCCUCGCCCCCGUCCACAGCAGGAGCCGGGAGUGCCAGCCAGGUGUGGGGCCUCGGGGUCGUUGAAGUGCACUCAUCUCAGGAGCGCGAUACAAAGAGGACGCUGUUGUAGCCAGCGGAUGCCAACUAAAGGUUGGCUUUUUUAAUUCUGUCCGUGGAACCAGAUAGCGCUGGGCCUCCUGGCCUCCCAUCUAACUGGAGAGCUCUGAGCUCCUGCCCCCUGCUCGCCUGAGCCAACAGACUGAGUGGCCCGGUGCCCGGCGCUCAGGCAGAUCUUGCUCCCCCCAGGACCCAGAGCCACGCGGGGCUGGUUCUCCGGGGGCAGGUCUCGGCGUGCACUGUGGGCUGCCACUGUUAGCUGCCACCUCAGCCGACAGGUCACCUCCUGUACCUGGGCCGGAGCUGUGAGCUCCACAAAACGAAGUGUUCCGCCCCAAACGCAUUCUUGAGAAGAAUCCGGAAAAGAAUGUCCUGGGCGCUCCAGGAACACGGUCCUGUGGAUGGGUUUUGUGCGUAAUGAAGUGAGUGGAUUAAGAAUGUUGUUUUUCUUUUACUGUGAAAAAGGCAGCCCCCCCCUCCUGCCCCCCACCGCGAGAUGGCGUUCACCCAGGCGCUGCGAUUGCUAGGAAGUGUGUGGGGGUGGGGAAUGCCUCUCCAGGGCCUGAGGCGCUAAGAGGCAUGAAGACAGCAUGACCAUUAGCCGGUGCUGAUAGUGUGAGGCUGGCUUCCCUCCUGUGUGUGGCUGGUCCUUCCAGAAGGGUCCUGUCUGCCAAGAGCAACACCUGCUAGGCAGCAGCCGCCUCAACUCAAGGGACAGGACUGGACACAGCCAUGGC